AUGAUGAUCUUGGGGAGCUUCUUCUAUGUUUCCGUCCUCUUAAUCAACGCCAUAGCAAUCCUGUCCGAAGAUCGAUUCCUCGCGCGCAUAAACCUCUCGCCCUCCUCCUACGACCCGGCCUUUGGCCAAAGCCCCGAUGCCAGUGUCAAGGCGCGCAUCAUCAACCUGAUUGCCAGCGUCCGGACGCUCAUGAGAAUACCUCUGAUUGUGAUCAACACCCUCAUAAUAAUCUACGAGAUAGUGCUCGGUUGA